CACACACACGUCCUCCUCCCCCAUCGCUGCAGUGUCUCAGAACUGCCUUGGAGCUAACAAGAGGGGAAAUAGCACACCAACAAUUAUUAGAGGAGAGAGAGAGCGACAAAAUGAGUGAAUGAGUGCAUGUAUUUUAGAAGAUUCGGGCAGAUCCAAGGAUGAUGGUGAUUCAGGACUAAAGGGACGGAUUGUGUGCUGCCUCUGCAUACCAAGCGAAUGUUUGUCUGCUGCAUUGCUGUUCAAUGGACGGUAAACAGUGAAACGGAACGUGGGCCUGUAGCUGCCUCACUGGCUUAUGUAAGCAGAAUCUAGUACACAGAAGCCUGAAGCAGUCCACAAGAACAAAGGUCGGACAUUCCAGAGGAGAGAAAGUGAGUGAAGACAACUAAAGGACGGGAGAGGAUAUCAACAGAUGAAUCAGUCACAGAAAUACAGUGAAGCACAACGGACGCCAUGAGGGAUGACAGCAAAGGGAUUUUACGGUUUCGGCCUUCUCUACCUGAACACUGACUUGUUUAAUUGAAGUCCAACGUGCUCAGGGGAGAGUCCCCUGAUAUGAACCCAAGACCUUGGGAUUUAAAAGGCAAUCACGUCCUUAUGCCAGGGCCUGAGUGGGUCUUCCACCAUGUCAUGGUAGCAUUGUAUGGCAAAAUAUCCAAAUACAACCUUGAAAAAAAUUCUAGGCAAUUGCUAGACUUGGGACUAUGCAAGUAGUGUAAAUCUAAUCGGAAAUUUGCAGAUUUGAUGUUUCCAGCGAAAUAUUCCUCUAUCAUUAUUACGACUCUAUUAACAUAACCUUUUUAUAUUGCAUACUUUGUUUUUACUGCCCAUCGUCCCACUCCCUGGGAUUACCAACUCUGUGCAAGUCCAGGUGCAGCAAACCAUGGGGUGCCGUCAAAGUUCAGAGGAGAAAGAGGCCGCCCGGCGCUCACGGCGAAUCGAUCGUCACCUUCACUCAGAAAGCCAGCGGCAGCGGCGUGAGAUCAAACUCCUGCUGCUGGGCACCAGCAACUCAGGCAAGAGCACCAUCGUGAAGCAAAUGAAAAUCAUCCACAGUGGAGGUUUCAACCUAGAGGCCUGCAAGGAGUACAAGCCCCUCAUCCUCUACAAUGCCAUCGACUCACUCACCCGCAUCAUCCGUGCCCUUGCCACCUUGAAGAUCGACUUCCACAACCCUGAUCGUGCUUAUGAUGCAGUGCAGCUCUUUGCCCUCACCGGCCCUGCUGAAAGCAAAGGCGAGAUCACGGCGGAGCUCCUGGGGGUGAUGAAGCGCCUAUGGGCCGACCCAGGGGUCCAGGAGUGCUUCUGCCGCUCCAAUGAGUAUCACCUAGAGGACAACACGGCCUAUUAUCUGAAUGACCUGGACCGCAUUUCUGCACCAGAGUACAUUCCGACUGUUGAGGACAUUCUGCGCUCACGUGAUAUGACCACUGGCAUUGUAGAGAACAAAUUCACCUUCAAGGAGCUCACCUUUAAAAUGGUAGACGUGGGCGGCCAGCGUUCAGAGAGGAAGAAAUGGAUCCACUGUUUUGAGGGUGUGACUGCCAUUAUAUUCUGUGUGGAGCUCAGUGGCUAUGACCUCAAGCUUUAUGAAGACAACCAGACGAGUCGCAUGGCGGAGAGCCUUCGUUUGUUCGAUUCCAUCUGCAACAACAACUGGUUCACCAAUACCUCUCUCAUCCUCUUCCUUAACAAGAAAGACCUGCUGGCCGAGAAGAUCAAACGUAUUCCGUUGACGGUCUGUUUCGCCGACUACAAAGGCCAGAACACCUACGAAGAAGCGGCCGUCUACGUGCAGCGACAGUUUGAGGACCUCAACCGCAACAAGGAGACCAAGGAAAUCUACUCGCACUUCACUUGUGCCACUGACACCAGCAACAUCCAGUUUGUGUUCGAUGCUGUGACAGACGUGAUCAUCCAAAACAAUCUGAAGUACAUUGGAUUGUGCUAGGACAAGGGGAUGGGGGACGGGGGGUGCAGGCACGGCAAACAAUAACCCUUCGUGAAAGACAACACCUGCCUGUCGAUCUGCCUGGGUUCCCUUACAAACGUAUGUCAAAACCGGAAACUGAGAUGAGGCCCAGAGGAAAGGGCUACAUGCUGCCAUCCUGCUAGAUUUAUCAAUGUCCAACUAAAGGAAUAGUCCACCCAAAUAUUAAAAUGUAUUUUGGUGUUCCAUGGAAGAAAGACAGAUGUGCUGGUAAUGAAAUGAUGACAGAACUUAAAUUUUUGGGUGAACUAUCCCUUAAAAGGUCAAGGCAGAUUUUACAAGGUUAGUAUAAAGGUGUUUGCACUGGACAUGUGAGUAUGUAGACACACACACACAACAGACUUUGGGAUCAUCUCUCAAGCACCUGUUUGACUUGGAAACACUUGAAAGAUCUUUCCAUCCCUCUCUUGAGAAACUGAAGGGAUUCCGUACCAUCCAUUUAGUUUUGUCUUUCUUUUUAGGGACUUUGAUUUGCCUGAUUCAAGUAUUCCUGUUUUCUUCUAUUUUUGUGUAUUUUUCAUACUAAAUUGUUUUAGAUCUUCAAACAAGAUAAAACAAGGGUAACCUGAGUAAACAAAAAAUACAGUUUAAUAUAUAUAUAUUUUUAUGAUGCAAAAUGUAUACAACACCUAUAUCACCAAUUUGAAAAAACGAACUGCCCCCUUAAACUUAAUAGCUGGUUGUGCCACCUUUAGCAGAAAAACUACAACCAAACUCUUCCGAUAACUGGAGAUAAGUCUUUCACAACACUGUGGUGAAAUUUUGGUCCACUCUUUUUUGGAGAACUGCUUUAGUUCAGCCACAUUUGAGGAUUUUUGAGCAUGAACUGCCUGUUUAAGGUCCUGCCACAGCAUCUCAAUUAGGUUCAAGUCAGGACUAUGUCUAGGCCACUCCAAAACUUAAAUUUAGCCAUUUUUUUAGCCAUUCAGUGGUGGACUUACUCCUAUGCUUUAGAUCAUUGUCUUGCUGCAUAAUCCAGUUGUGCUUGAGCUUCAACUCACAGACAGAUGACCGGACAUACUCUUUUAGGAUUUUCUGGUAGAGAGCAGAAAUCAUCUUUCAAUUAUUGCUCUGGCCCUGAAGUAGCAAAAGCAUCCCCACACCAUCACAUUACCACCACCAUGCUUGACCGUAGGUAUGAUGUUCUUUUUGUGGAAUUCUGUGUUUGAUUUACGCCAGAUGUAACAGGACCCCUGUCUUCCAAACAGUUCCACUUUUGACUCGUCAGUCCACAGAACAUUCUCCCAAUAGGUUUGUGGAUCAUCAUGGUGUGUUUUGGCAAAAUUCAGACGAGCCUUAAUGUUCUUCUGGGUUAGCAGUGGUUUUCACCUUGCCACACUUCCAUGGUUGACAUUUUUGCCCAGUGUCUUUCUGAUAGUGGAGUCAUGAACAGUGAACUUUAUUGACGUGAGAGAGGCCUGCAGUUCCUUGGAUGUUGUCCUUGUUUUUUUUGUGACUUCCUGGAAGAAUCGUCGCUGUGCUCUUGGAGGAAUGUUGGAAGGUCGGCCACUUCUGGGAAGGUUUCUCCAUUUGGAGAUAAUGGCCCUUUGGUUCUUUUGAGUCAUAGAGCCUUUGAAAUAACUUUGUAACCCUUCCCAGACUGAUGUAUUUCAAUCACCUUUUUUCCUCAUCAUUUCUGGAAUUUCUUUCAACCUUGGCAUAGUGUGCUACUGGGUGAGACCUUUUAGCCAACUUCAUGCUGCUGAAAUAGUUCUAUUUAUGUGUUGAUUUUAGUGAGCAGUGCUGGCAGUAAUCAGGCCUGGGUGUGUCUAGUCCAGCUGAACCCCUUUAUGAAUGCAGUUUCAUAUAUUUGGGGAUUUAGUAACUAAGGGGGCAACGUUUUUUUCAACACAGGCCCUGUUGGUAUUGGAUAACCUUUUAAUUUUUCAAUAAAUAACAUUAUCAUUUAAAAACUGUAUUUUGCGUUUACUCAGAUUUCAUUUGCUUUAUGUUAGAUUUUGUUUGAAUUUAUGAAGCAAUUUAGUAUGAGAUAUAGGCUACACAAAAACAGAAGAAAUACGCAUGGGGAAAAUACUUUUUCACAGCACUGUAUGCUGCUUUUGGAGAGGAUAUAUAGAGUUUAUAUUAAAAUAUGCUCGUAUAUAAGAGGUUACAAGUAUCCUGGGAAUCUGAGAAAAAGAAAAUAAACUGAUGUCAUUUGGUUCUGCUCCAAAGGUGAAAACUCCCUCUGUGUGACGUUGGAGUCAAAUGACUUUUUACACAAGUUCACACUGUAGAUUAUUUUGGGCUGUCUGACCUCAAGGAAGCUAUCUAUUUACUUGUUUCUUUUUGUUCUGUUUUCCUGUUGUCUAAAAUAGGAUGUAAUCCAUAGUUUUUAGAGCAGAUGUCCUUCUUUCCAUGAGAGUGUCACACUGAAGUGAGCGUAAGUGUUUGAUUACGAUCAUUCCAGAUUCGACGAAGAAUAAACAGUGCCAAUAUAAUUGUAAAUUAAAAAAAGGCCCAUCAGUCAUGUUACUUUUUUGGUUUUUAUAGACCAAGAAAGUAUAUAUAUAUAUAUAUUUAAACAUUAAAAUAUGCAUGAUUUUGUUACUUUGGGAUUUUGAUAAUUUAUAGUUUGAUUUGCUUUCAUAUAUUUUUAGUUUUACUAACAUGCUCCAAAAAUAUAUAUCAAAGUCAAACACUGUGUAUGAUUGUACAUUUGUUUCCUGAGAGUUAUUUAUUGAAAAGAGUUUUAUGAGCGGAAAGAAUAAUCUACAUCCAGCGCAACCUAAACGUGGCACAAAAACAUUAAAAGAGGAUGUACACUCCAAAAUCUGUCUGCAAAAGAAAAAGAGAGAGGGAUGAGUAAGGGAGACAGGAGCAAAAUCUUUCUAUUCUGGUGUGGACGCUGUCCACUGUAUGUGUAAAUACUAUGUAAAGUACACUUUGUGAGACAAUGGGGGUAAAAAAAAAACUUUUUAUGAUUGACUGAAUAAGGGGGUCCUUCAACAGUCCUCCUAUUCAGCUAUGAAGAUGAACAACAAACCCAAAUAAGGGCUUCAUGAUUGAUUUUACAGGAUGUCCACCAAAAAAAAAAGAAGAAGAGGAGAGAAACAAAUAAACAAAUAAUUAAGUAAAAAAAGAACAAUAAUAGUGAAUAAACAGAAUUAUGCAAA